AUGGCGACCAGGACGGUUGUAAUUAAUGAAGUCCUGUAUUUUUUGAAAAAUAAGUUCGGUUUACUUGAUGAUGAAAACUUUGUUAAUAAUGUUUCGGAAUUUUAUACAAAUGACGACAUUGUUGGAGCUUUAAAAAUAUUAAAAAAUGAAAUGGAAGUCAAUAAAAGUGAAAAACUCGACAAAAUCAUACCUCGUGGAACGACUAAAAAAGAAAGGUUACAAGAUUGCAUUGCUAUUUUAAAAUAUCUAAAAUUAUCAGAUUUGAUGGACAAAUGUCCGAUUUUUGUCAGUAGUGACCUGGAAAAAAUUCCAGAUAUGGAAAGUUUGAUUAAAUUAAAUUUUGAAAGUUUAAAACGAGAAAUUACUGACAUAUUGCACAGCCAACAGCAGCACGUGCUUAAUACCUUAGAGGUGCACAACAAGGAAAUUUGCGCGGUAAAAAACACCGUUAAUAAUAUAGCGCUGAACUACGAUAAAACGACAUAUUAUAAUCACCACAACAAACUGCUUUCAAACUCGAAUCCCUUAGGACGAAGUAGCAAAAUGCAUCAUUGUAGCUACGCUGACAAAGUUUCAUCGAAUUUAUUAAUAUCUGGCACUAAAACAUCACACUGUAAUGAAGUUGAAAAAAGUAUAGCGCCAAAGUUACUUGAAAAGUCAAGCGAUUUAAUUAUUGACGUAAAUAAUCAAAAUUUCAACCCUGGAAACCUGUGGUCAGAUGCCGAGAAAACACCAGUGGAUGAUGGGUUUAGAGAGUACAUUUCCAGAAAUAAAAAAAGAGCCAGACUAAACAACUCAUCUGAAGAUAAUAAUGAAAUGAAAUCAAGUGGUACAACCGGUAACACGGGCAAUGUUAACGCAUCCAUUCCAAAACCAAUUAAAAAAAUUAUUGGCAUCAAAGUAAUCGACAACUGCAAACUUCAGGCCGAAAAGAACCUUAUAAAAAAGACCGUUUUCUUGAUGAGCAACGUAAAAAGAUGUCACAGAAAUUAUGUCAUAGAUUUUCUUAAAACAAGUGGUAUAAACGUCAUCUCUUGUUUUCCGUUGAUAAAACGUUCUAAUCAGGAAAUAAGCGAUCCAGUAAACAAGGAUGAGGAAGAAUCAACGAUGUUUCGUGUAUGUGUCGAAAGUUGCGAUGGACCGAAGAUGAAGGACCCGGAAAUUAUGUUAAAACACAUCAUUGUACGCGAAUGGCGUUUCGGGAAAAACACCGACAAAAACUCCGAUACAACGAACAAACAUGGCUGA